UGCAUGCUUGUUCUCGGUCCCGUGCGUCACAGCUGCAUUAGAACACGCCCCUUCCAAGCGCUUGUUGAAUAGGAAUGACAAGGAAACAUGACAAGCGCUGAAGACGAAUCUCAUAUACUGUUAUAACCGCGCGCGUUCACGUCGCCGCGUCAUUUGAAUGCCGCUCCACCGCUUCAAAUCUGAACGGAGCCACGGGGAAAGCCGCUUGGGACGCUGCCAAAAAUUACCACCGAGAGGAGAAACCCAGCCCUGCUUCGAUUACGCACCGAGAGAGGGAGCACGCUGAUAGUGACAGCGGCGCUUCAACAGCUAAACUCAUCUGUGAUCAACCGUGCGAUACUUGCUCCGUUGUCUGCCGUGCAGCCUCGGAGGAUGUAGAGCUCGGCCUGCUGUCUCGGGCAUGUUCGGUUUAACGGGACUCGUCGCCAGUGGCUUGACAACGCUGUGUUUGAACAGGCAAUGCCUUCCUUACGCAAACUACAACAGCCUCACGCGUGUGCCAGCGAUUCGUCGUUUUACUUAUCUAUGCGUGUGUUGAUAGUUUAAAAUGCCUAGGUUUUGAUUUAAAUACUUCUAUACGGACGGAAAAUAGCGUAUUGGGCUGGGAGGAGCAAUAAGGAGCAGCUCUAUCUACUCUUCGGCUUCCAGGUUUUUUUUUUUUUUUUUUUUUUGAUGGAGCUGGAGAAUAUUGUUGCAAACACUGUACUCCUGAAGGCACGAGAGGGCGGAGGAGGAAAACGGAAAGGAAGAAGUAAAAAAUGGAGGGAGAUCCUUCGCUUCCCUCAUAUCAGUCAAUGCGCAGAGUUGAGCAAAACCAUCGAGCGGGACUAUUUCAGCCUGUGUGACAAGCAGCCCAUCGGGGGACUUCUGUUCCGCCUCUACUGUGAGACGCGACCAGAGCUGCAGCGAUGCAUCCAGCUCCUGGACGCCAUGGAGGACUACGAGGUGACACCCGAUGAGAAGAGGAAGAGUCGAGGAGAUGAGAUCAUCAAGAAGUUUCUCACCAAGCAGUCCUCUGAUUGUGUAGAUGUAGCUGAAGGUCUUGCUGAAAGUUGCAGAGAAAAUCUAGAACUGAGCCCCUGCAAGGAGAUCUUCAGUGACUGUCGCAAAGCUCUUCAUGACUACUUAAGUGGUGCUCCUUUUACUGACUAUCAGAACAGCAUGUACUUCGACCGCUUCCUCCAAUGGAAAAUGCUAGAAAGACAAUCCGUCACAAAAGACACGUUUCGGCAGUACCGAGUUCUGGGGAAAGGAGGCUUUGGAGAGGUGUGUGCAUGCCAGGUGAGAGCCACAGGGAAAAUGUAUGCUUGUAAAAAGCUGGAGAAGAAAAGGAUAAAGAAGAGGAAGGGGGAGGCCAUGGCUCUAAAUGAGAAACAGAUUCUGGAGAAGGUCAACAGCAGGUUUGUGGUUAGUUUAGCGUACACGUAUGAGACCAAAGAUGCCCUGUGUCUGGUGCUGACCAUAAUGAACGGUGGUGAUCUGAAGUUUCACAUCUAUAACAUGGGAACCCCAGGCUUCGAGAAGGAGCGUGUGCAGUUCUACGCCGCUGAGAUCUGCUGCGGUCUCGAGCACCUGCACAGAGAGUCCAUCGUCUACAGGGAUUUAAAACCAGAGAAUAUACUAUUAGAUGAUAAUGGUCAUAUCCGGAUCUCAGACCUGGGGCUGGCCAUUAAAGUGCCUGAUGGAGAACAGAUCCGUGGCCGAGUGGGGACCGUGGGCUACAUGGCUCCGGAGGUGAUCAAUAACGAGCGCUAUGGCAUGAGUCCGGACUGGUGGGGAUUGGGUUGUCUGAUCUAUGAGAUGACCGCCGGCCGAUCGCCUUUCCGCGCUCGCAAAGAACGAGUGAAGAGAGAAGAGGUGGAGAAGAGGGUGCAGGAGGAAGAGGAGGAGUACAGCGACAAGUUUACAGAAGACACCAAAGGCAUCUGCAGGAUGCUGCUAGCCAAAGAUCCCAAGCAGAGGCUCGGCUGCCAGGCGGACGGAGGUGCUGGAGUCAAAGCCCACCCCUUCUUCAAGAACAUCAACUUCAAGAGGCUAGAAGCCGGCAUUCUGGAACCUUCCUUUGUGCCUGAUCCCAGGGCGGUCUACUGUAAAGAUGUUCUGGACAUUGAGCAGUUCUCCACCGUUAAGGGUGUCAACCUGGACCAAACAGACAAUGAUUUCUACUCCAAGUUUGCCACUGGCAGUGUCUCUAUCCCAUGGCAAACUGAGAUGAUCGAGACGGAGUGCUUCAGUGACCUUAAUGUAUUCGGGCCUCAGGGAACGCGGCCCCCUGACCUGGAUUGGAACCAGCCUCCCGAGCCUCCUCGGCGUAGCCUGCUGGACAGGAUCUUUAGGAGACAUCAUCCAGAGGUGACCAUCGCUCAAACCCGGGUCUCGUCUUCCAGCGUCAACUCUGUUGACUCCAUGACAAACUCUGCCCCCUAGUGGACAGACUGCUGCGGGACUACAGGAAACAACAGCGAGUGAGCGAUAAACAGAGGAAAGAAUGAGAGUGAGGAACUCCUCCUGCCCUUUAAAGACCGGUCGACAGAACGUGGAAGACCGUUUUCCUUGCCUUGGCCCACAUUAUCCAUCCACUGCCCGCCGAGAGGACAGGAGACGAAACAAGCUCCUGUUUUUGUGACAGAAAGGAGAACAUUUAUUCCUUCACCUCACGCUCCCUCAGGAUUGCUGGAACAGUAAAGAGCCACUGACAAAUGACAGAAUAUUAACUCAUAUUAUUCAGGGGAUUUUAUCGACAAAGAAAGGCCUCCACAGGGAACGGGAAGGGGGCUUUUUAAAUGUUCUUUUGCAAAGGAAAGCUAAUAUAGUGAACUUAAGAGACUACACACGCACUCACAAACACACACACACACACACACUCUCUCUCAUUUCCUCCUCCAUCCCUCUUGCAAUAGGCCUACUUACCUACCCAUUUUUCUUUUCUUUCCGUCUACACGUAACCUCUCCAACCUCAACCUAAAAUGUGCAUUGCCUUGCAUACUCUCAGGCCAAAGAUGGAGCUUUUUACAAGAAGACACGUAUUUGAGUAGCUGUUGCCACAAUUCACUUCAGAGAGUGACGAAAGGCCUAAAAGCACAAGGAAAUAGGAGCUCGGUGAAGCUGUACAUUGUUCCCGCCCUAUUUAAUUUCCAAAUUAUGUAAUAGCACUGAAAAACAAACUCACUUUGGCAGAUUCAGCCUCUUCCAGUCCACCGAAAGGGAUAGUUGUCAUGUUUACAUGUUUACAUCCUCAUCUCUGUCUGAACCUGUAUGACUUUCUUUUUUCUGGUGAACAUUAAAGAAGAUAUUUUGAAGAAUGUUGGUAACCAAACAGUUUCGGUUCCCAUUGACUUCCAUUGUUUCUUUUGUCCAGUCAAUGGGAACCGAAACUGUUAAGUUACCAACAUUCUUCAAAAUAUCUUCUUUAAUGUUCACCAGGAGAAAGAAAGCGAUACAGGAUCUGGAACGACAUGUAAAUGGUGACAAGAAAAGGUCAUUUUUAGGUGGUUUGGCCUAAGUCCGUUUCCUUAAAUCUCAUCUGCUUUGUGUGACAGGCACAACUUGGUCUACAAAUAUGAGCUAAAAGUGUCUCUGUAUGGUCACUUCCUUUGUGCUUAAAGGCCGUUGGGCAGUGGUGAAAGGCGGAGCUAUAUGAGUGGGCGUGGCCUUUGGGUAGAUACAUAGCCAAUCACAGCACAAGAAGUCAGUCAGGGAGUCCUUCUCAUCUCAUCACAUUAUACAUAAGUGGCUCAUUAAAAAUUUUUACAGAAAAUUAAGGACUGUAACAGUUUAUUAAUCAAGUUUUCAUAGACAAAUUGGCGUUAAUUCAAGGAAAUUACUUGACUUAAACAUAAGCUACUUAGAUGUUUGCUGGUGUGUAAAACAGUUUAAAAAUGUGUUAAAUUUAUAUUGUUGCAAGCUCCAAGAGGAGAUGGUAUCAACCACCUAAUCAUCAUAAUCACUGCAGGAUCGCCACAUUUGAGCAUUUAUACAUUUUAGAACCGCAAAACCGCUUUUCUUCCAGAUUUGGCGUGUAAAUAUGCCUUCAUUCCAUCCGAUGUCAACCACUACUAGACUGAAACUGGCAAAACUUCACUUCAGCAUUUACACACGCGCACCAUAAUACACCAAACUCAUUCACUUUCAUACCUCAUCGGCUGUUUUCUCUUAUUUAUACAGUUUCCAAUCCGAUGCCAACUGGUAGGAACACAUUUCACACAUCUUUCCCAGCUGUGCAUGUAGGCUACUCGUUUAAAAAGUGUGCAGGAUUCCAGUUGUAUAGACAUCACGGGAAUCCAAAACGUACAUCCCGUCCAUAGAGAAUACGUGAUGGUUUUGUAGUGUUUCUUAAUGAAUGGAUAGUUUUUUCAGUAACCAAACGGUGCGAUUCAAGAAGGAACAGAAAACAAAUCUCAACCUCAUAAUCUUGCAUUUACAAUACCAUUCCAAGGUUUUUAUGCGCCACCGCAUUCAUUAGCGCAUCUCAAGACAAAUCAAGUAUAUUAAAAUAGUGACUUGAAGCUAUUUCAUGAGUACAUAUGCUAAGUGCCAUGUCAUUUCCAAUCAUUAAACUGAUGUGUGUUUACUAAACGAUGCAUCAGUUAUGCCAUUCAUUUGCCCUGCUAGAAAUGUCCUCCGAAGGUUCAUGUGUAUACUUAGUGCAGGUUCUAACAUUUCACGUUUCUUCUCAUUUAAAGAGUGUAAUAACUGGUUAUUACUGCACUGUAUCAUGACAUGUUACAUGAAUUGCACUGCACACUGCAUGGUCAGUCAGCUGUUCAUUGAGCGGGACCAGUGUGUUGGUUUUAGGGGCUGAUCUCUGUAUGCUAGCGCCAUGCUGUUGUUCGCUGAGGUGAGACUUUUUACACCACAUAGUUGUGAUGAUUCAUAGUCAAUUUCAGGUGAAAUUCAGAACUGAUUCGUGUUAAUGCAUUUCUCAUAUUAAAAAAAAAAUAGUAGCCAAUGUUAACAGCUUGUUCGGAAGUACUUUUUAUUUACCAUUGCAGCGUAAUUCUGCAACAUCGUUCUGUAUCCAAAUUGAGGAAGCUUCUUACAACAGUGGCUUAGUUGCUAGUAAAUACAUGAUUUACUCUGACAACUGAGUCUCAUGUAACCGAUUUUGGGAAUUUGAAGCAGACUUUUCCCCAUGUAUGCACAGAUUUAUAUAAUAAUGCAUUAGUAAUAAUACAAGUUUUUCACGAAGAUGGACUGAUGUAAACAGAUACUAUGGUAUAUCGGCAAGUAAGUGUUGAUUUGAUCUACUGAAUCAUAAAUCACCGCGCUUUUUGUUUCUUUUCAACACUCAUAAGUGGACAGGACAUUUGAGUCAGCUAGCAUUAUUAGUGUUCUUCAAACUAAAAAGUUGAGAGCCUGAAGGUUUGAAAUGUUAAACUUACAGGUUUAUAUGUCUCCAUUGUCCCUCUGAAGUAAUUAAAAAUCUGUGAAAUUUAGAAAAAGGAUGAGCCUUUCCUCAGUCUGAGAGUUAAUGCUUUGCUUAUGUAUAUUUCCUUUAUGUCCUCCAUACAACGUGUCAUAUGAACUUGUGUUGACACUUAUGUAAUUGCUGUGUAAAAGGGAACUUGCCUUUUAAAACAACGACCAAACUAAAAGGAAACUGAAGUGGUAUUUAUUUGGAAAGUAAAAACCGAAAUCUCUCACUGGAGAAGAUCAGGUUUUGAGGACGUGGCUUCUGUUGGAUUCAUAUUAUUAUUUUAUUAUUAUUUUUUUUUGUAUAAGUCUUGAAGCAAGUUUUAAUUACAUUCUGGAAAAAAAAAACAAAUACAAUGAAGUGCCUCCUUUUUAGUAGUCUAGUCCAGGUUAGUGCCCAUGAUACGGUUUGCACUUUGUGUCACUUCAGUAAUUCACGUGAUGUAAACAUGUACACGCACAAACACACGCACACAUGUUUUAAAGAGUGUUGUACUACGCUGAUUGCAUGUGAAGCCAAACCUGAAAGAGUCCCUCUGAAUAAAACCUGUGCUGGCCUCAA